UGGUUUAUGAAGGGUCUCUUAUUUUAUAUAGAUUUCUAAACUAUUACAAUCAUAUUAAUUUUUUUAGAAAUUUUAUAACAAUAACAGUUCUACACACUGUGUUAAAAGAAUAGCUAUUUGUCGUUCACAAGUAUGAUAAUAUUUCUUUAUUUAGCAAGGUUAAUCGUUUUAUGUCACACUUGAAUUUCUGAGACUUCAAUAUACUGUAGAAAAUCAAAAAAAUUUAAGUCUGAAUUAUAAUAUAGUUUUUACUGUAAUUUGUUUGUCAAUUAAAAAUAACUGAGUCAGUUUUUUGAACCGAAACGGCCGGACAUCCUGUUUAUAAAUUAUAUUGCGAAUACUACAUGACAUUAUCGACAUAAACCAGCAUAAAAAAAUACAAUGAAUUGAAAUAAAGUAGAAAGGAUUUUUAAAUAAAACUAUAAAAAACAUUUGUAUGAAUAAAUUGAUGAACAAUAUUACUUCAGUUUUUUAAUAUCAAUAUUCAGAACAGUCUCAAAGUUCCAUUUUAUUUUGAUAAAAAUGGCUUUGGGUAAUUUCAUCUUAAAGGUUAUAAUACCUCUGUUAUUAUCUAUUACAAUAACUAUAAGUUCAAGUAAUACCAUAUGUCUUUUAAAACCGACAAUAACUGAUGGAAUGAGGUUUUAUUUAUACACAAAAAAUAAAAUGACCAACGUUACAAUGGAAGAAGAAUACGUUCAACGAUUACCGUUUGUAAACAACAAUAGAGUUUCUAUCUUUAUUCAUGGAUAUACUGCCCAUUAUGAUGACAACUACAUUACCAUAUUUCGUAAUGCUUAUUUAAAUGGAACGGCUGAUCAAAACAUCAUUCUAGUGGAUUAUUCAAGUGUUACUGGCAACAUUUCUCAAACAAACUAUGGCCAAUUACCUAUGGGAUAUAUUAAAUCUGUACAAUGUGAUUUGCCAAAAGUGGCCAAACAAAUUACCAACUUCAUUGAAAUGAUAAGAAAAGUCAGAUCCGAUUUAUCAGAUAUACAUUUGAUUGGUCAUAGUCUAGGUGCACAUAUAGCUUUUCAAGUAGGAAAAUUCUAUAGUCAGUCGACUGGACGUCUAUUGAGUCGAAUAACUGCGUUAGAUCCAGCAGGGCCGUGGUUUGAAAGUUCAAGUAAACCAAAUACGCCUAUUGCUCGUUUUGUAGACGUAGUGCACACAAAUGUCGGUAUUUUGGGAUACACUGCACCUUUAGGAACAGUCGAUUAUUACAUCAAUAAUGGCGUAGUUCAAACUGGCUGUCUAGGAAGCGUUGAUCAAAAAAUGGCUUUAGGAUGUUCUCAUCUUUCUGCCGUUUUUUAUUAUGCUGAAUCCAUCAACAAUAAGCGGAUACUAGCAAAGUCUUGUUAUGAAAUUAAAGAUAUAGUAAAGGACAAAAAAAAUUUGUUUGUUAUUAAUGGAGACAAUAAUAACGCUAUAAGUCUAACCUGUGACUCUACAUCAAGGUCGGUAAGCCACACAAUUGUCUUUGGUGAACAUGUUCCUUUGGAUGCUGUUGGUGUAUAUUUCAUUUCUAUUCCUAAAGUACCAUUCUACGAUUAAUGUUAUAUCUACUUUUUUAAGGAUCAAUUCAAGAAAUGUUAAUUAUCCUACAAUUUUUACACUAAAUUUUUUUUGGAAACAUAAUUAUGAAUUAAUUUAUGCAAAAACGUUUCUAUAAUAAAAUAAAAUAAAAAGUGUAUUCUAAUUAAAUAAAAUUAAAAAAAAAUUUAAUGUAUAAAUGAUCUUCUACGAUUGUUGUUAUGUUAACAGGCUUUUGUUAACUAUCUAGAUAAUAAGAAUCAUAUAACUAGAUUAAUAAAAAUAAAAUUUUUCUACAAAAAAAAAAACAAUAUAUUGACAUAAUUAUUUGGACGUCCCCCACUUAUAAUAUUUGUAAUAAAAUAUAUAGGUACUAUUUUUAAAAUUUAAUUUUUGUAACUCUUUAACUGCAGUCAACACUUAAAUAAAUUACUGUUUAAAAUGUAAAAAACAACUAAUA